GGGGGUGGCCUAGCCCUUGGCCCCGCCCAGGUUCAUCCUGCAUCUAUAACAAGAGCUCAGCACCCUCAGACCUCACACUCCACCACUCACUCACUCAGGAGAGCAGCCUGGUGACCAUGGACCCCCUGACCAUAGCCAACACGGCCUUCGCUUUGGACCUGUUCAAAGCUCUGAGCCAUGAGGACCCCAAGGCCAACCUGUUCUUCUCGCCCUUCAGCGUGUCCUCGGCACUCUCCAUGGUCUACCUUGGGACUAGAGGUGACACUCAGGCACAGCUGGCCAAGACCCUUCAUUUCGACACAGUGAAGGAGAUUCAUCUCAAAUUCCAGAGCCUGAACUCUGCUAUCAAUAAACGUGGCUCUUCCUACAUCCUGAGGGUUGCCAAUCGGAUAUAUGGGGAGAAGAGCUACACGUUCCUCCAGGAAUUCUUAGAUUCAACGAAAAAAAUGUACGGUGCUGAACUGGCCAGCAUGGACUUCCAGAGUGCAUCUGAAGAGGCCAGGCAGGUGAUCAAUGAGUGGGUCAAAGCACAGACAGAAGGGAAAAUUCCAGAACUGUUGGCCGCAGGGGUGGUGGACAGCAUGACCAAACUGGUGCUCGUGAAUGCCAUCUAUUUCAAAGGGAAGUGGCUGGAGGAAUUCUCCCAACGCGCAACCCAUAAAGCUCUGUUCAGGCUGAAUAAGAAAGACACCAAGGAGGUGAAGAUGAUGUAUCAGAAGAACAAAUUCCCCCUGGGCUACAUCGAGGAUCUCAAGUGUCAAGUGCUGGAGUUUCCCUACCAGGGCAAGGAGCUCAGCAUGAUCAUCCUGCUGCCAGAUGACAUUGAGGAUGAGACCACGGGACUCCAGAAGAUUGAGAAGCAGAUGACUUGGGAGACACUGAAUGAUUGGACAAAACCUGAGAACAUGUCGGUCGAGGAAGUCUACAUCUACUUGCCCAGGUUCAAGCUGGAAGAGAAUUACACCCUUAACUCCCACCUCACCCGUUUGGGGCUGACCCAGCUCUUUGAUUCCAGCCAGGCUGACCUGUCUGGCAUGUCAGGGACCAGAGAUAUUUUCUUUUCCAAAAUUGUGCACAAGUCCUUUGUGGAAGUGAAUGAGGAGGGCACAGAAGCAGCUGCUGCCACAGUGCUUGAAAGUCUAUGCAGCCUGGGGGCACCAGAGAAUUACUUCGUGUGUGACCACCCCUUCCUCUUCAUCAUCCGUCACAAUGCCUCCCAUGCCAUCCUCUUUCUGGGCAGGUUUACUUCCCCGUAAGGAACUCAUUCCCUAGGUGUAAUCCCAGCUUCAUUCAAUGUCCAUUCAGCUUGUUCAAUUAGUCAUAGCCUGACAAAUAAAGCUACUAUCCAAA